AACGCUGUGGUUCAUACUACAGACAGACAGGCUGUACAGCAGAGCCAGCCACACAGCAGCAGCCAGCCACACAGCAGCAGCCAGCCACACAGGAAGGAGCAUCCGCCAGCGCAGUCUGAAGUCCUGUUUGUUUUACCGAUGUGACAACAGGAGCGUGAGAAAGCUGCUGCCCGGAGCCGAACUGCAGGUUGGCGCAGUCGGGCUUCCUUUGGAGGACUUACACAGCCGGACAUGGAUUAUUGGUGCCAGUCUUCACUGCUUUGGAUUUAGUUCAGACACGGCACCUGUCUCUCUCCUCCCCGGUGAAGUGAGUGCGCAAAGAACAGGUGGAUCCUGUUUCUGUGUUGAGCUUAAUCACCCCACCAUCCACCAUCCACCUGUCACCUUUAUGGGGAACCAGGUGGAGAAACUAACGCAUUUAAAUUACGCAGAGGUGCCGACGUCUGAUCCGAAUGGGUUCGACCCGGGCGACGAGGGACCGCGGAUCGGCGUCUCGUAUAUCUUCUCCAACGACGACGACGACCAGGACGACAACCUGGACCGCUUCUCGACGGACAAGCACCGGACUGACCACGAGGAGAAGCCCUUCGACCCCGAGGACGAGCUGGCGUGCGCGGUUUACUACCGAGAGGAGUGCGCCUACGAGAUGAACGCCGGGUCCGCCACGCAGUCUGCGGAGAGUCUCCUGAACAAGUGCCGACCGGGAGACCUGCUGGAGUUUUUGGCCACUGGGCAGUAUCCCCACUGGGCCGUGUACGUGGGGGACUUCCAGGUGGUCCACAUGCACAGGGCUGAGAUAAAGAACAACUUUCUCACCGAUGUGAGCCAGGGUAAAAAAGGCAGGAUAGUGAACGGCCUCUACCGGUACCGUGCGCUGCCCCCGGAGGUCAUCGUGCGCAACGCCCUGGACCACGUCGGGUCAAGAGACCGAGAGCUGUACUGGAGGAACUCUGAGUGCUUCGCCGCUUGGUGCCGCUUUGGCAAACGGGAGUUUAAAAUCGGAGGGGAGAUAAGGAUAGGAAAGCAGCCGUACAGGUUGAAAUUACUCUUCUCAGAGAAGAAGAGUCACGUCUUGGAGUUUCAGAGCCUGGAGGACGUGAUCAUGGAGAAAAGGAGGAACGAUCAGAUUGGCAAAGAUGCUGUGAUGCAAGAGCUGGCCAACCACUUGAACACAGCACAUGAAAACAAAGAAGAGCAUUUUGUCAACUGACAGUGGAUGCUCUGGUCACCUGGUGGAGCUUUAGCUUCAAGGAGGUGAUCAAUGGAAAAUGGAACACUUUCCACGGUGAAAAACUAAAUCCUGUGUGUUUUUGAGGGAGCAUUUAUCCCCCUCCUGUCAAGAGUUUUUUCUUUUCUUUUUCCCAGUGGGCUUGGGUGCACUGUGCCACACUGCAAACAAAACACAAUCAUAACAGGGAGUUACAAUUUCUUCCUCCAAAAUGAGAGGAAAAGCCCGGAAAUCUGUGGCGACACUUGUUUCACUCUCAAGUGCAUCAGCAAAGCAGAUCACGAGGGUCAAAAUACAAAUCCAACAAGUUGAUUUGCUUCAGAAAGAAGUGAAAACUGAAGUGGCAAAUGUCCUCCCUCCUUUUAAGAAAAAUGUGAUUUUUACACACUCAACCCCGGGUUGAGUUAAGUGACUUGUUUUGAUGGCUACAUUUGCAUCGGAGCUGCACCUGCAGUCUAAUUAUUUGGGGAUGAAGUCAGAAUUUAAUUGCCCAUAAUUAUCUUUCUAAUCUAAUGAAUCUUUGCACAGAGGAGCAAAAUCUCUCCAAUGAACUUGUACCUGACGAGCUCCUGUACAACUCAGGUGAUGGGGAUCGAUACAGAUUGGACGAGAGACAAGUACUUGCUUUUUUUUUAUUGUGUGCCAACCUUGAGGAUGCCCUUCUGUUGCUUUAUAUCCAAUCAUCACUGAGCUUUACCUACUCUUUGACCACUUUGUGGACACAGCUAUGACUGCACUUUGACUGAUUCACCUGUUUUAACAGUUUAUUUUUUGGAGAAAAAAAAAAUGUUUGUAUGCAGGAAUAUGGAAAUAAAUAUAUAUUUGAACGGUUA